UAAACUCCUCUCUGAUGAUGCGAGCACAUGCGUUGGAGAACUUGUACUGUGAUUCACGGGCUACAUUUAGACCUAAUAAUGUCAAAUUAAAGGUCCAGUUUGAUCAUUUAGACAUCCCAAAUUAGUGUAAAAGCUGUUGAAACAAUUAACGAGAGUUAGAGUAUGUUUAUGUGGCGGCUGUUUCUAUCUCCUGCCAGCAGCAGAAAUGAGCGUGAAAUUCCGCCCCGCUGCCUGGGGAAAUACUUAAAGGGAUGAGGAUUUUUUUAAAGGAGCGCGUUUGGGAUUAACUUUUCCUUUCACGGGCUUUGAUAUUCAACCAUCAAGAUCUCGACUGACGUAGGAAUCGAGGGGAUUCCGUGUCGCCCGCUAUAGCAAUCAUGCAGCCAGAAACGGAGUAAGUCGUCCGGACUAUUUGACAUGUGCUGCUAUUUUUUAAGAAACUCAAACUGCCCCUUUAAUUACUGAUCAGCCAAUGAUGCAGUAGAGUCGGAUAGACUCUGACAAAUAAUGAAACAAAUGAUGUUCAACCUUUCGAUAGAUGGAUGUUCAUUUUCUAAGAAUUUGGAGGAUUUCGACUCUAUUCGCAGCGUCCUUCUGCACAGUGAGCUGGAACCAGAAUGGCUUGACAACAUUCAAAAGAAUGGGGAACUUUUCUACCUGGAGCUUAGUGAAGGCGAGGAGGAGGCGGCUCUGGCCCAGGCCACAGCAAAUCCCUGCAUGUCCACCAACCACGUUCGCUUCAGCGAAAAGGAAGCAGAGAUCAUCACGGUGCACAACAAGCAGCCACACAGCUCACACACCAAAGCUGCUCCCACACUUAAAAGGUUAGCCAGAAUCUUGAGGAGGAAAUCCCGGCGCUCUCGGCACAGGGAGCCGCACAGUGGAAGCAGAGACACUUCAUCGCCACCAGCUUCCAUUUUAAAAAACCAGACAGGUCAGCGUCAGGGUGAGGGAGCUCAUCAGCAGCUGAAGGAAGUGUGUGUCUACCUCAAUCCCAAACGCCUAGCAGGUUCCUCCCCCCUUCUGAGUGACAGAGGAAGCCUGCUGGAGGCGCUGCUGGGAGUGGUACAUCACCCCACAUGGAGCACAGGACAGACAGACCCUGAAGUGCUCAGGCAGGAGGAAAGACUGACUGUUCAUGGAUUGGUACCAAACAGUCCAGCAACAAAAUGUGGCCGAAUCUUUAUUGGUGACGUUCUUGUCGCUGUGGAUGACGUUGAUGUGACCCCAGAGAACAUCGAGAGGGUUUUGUCCUGCAUCCCAGGACCAGCACAGGUGAGGCUGACGUUGGAAACCGUAGCUCUAAAGGACAGGGACGAGGCCAGGGGCACUUCAUCCACUCAGAGGAUAAAGGCUUCUCCACCGGUCAGCCAGCUGGUGCGCCUGCUGUGGGGGGAGGACACGGCUGAACUGCAAAUGUCACUGGGACACAUCCCACACGUUGUCAUGUACCUGUCACUUAAACUGGACUCAUCGUCGCUGCAGGAAGAGGAAGAAAUCUUGUAUCAGUAUCCCGUCUCUGAGGCAUCCAGUCAGCUAAAGGGUGUGAGGGGCAUCUUCCUCACUCUGUCGGACAUGCUGGAGAACGUCACAGGAGGGCGCAUAACCAGUUCUUCUCUGCUGCUGGGGAAACAUCUGGUUCACGUCGGCUACUGGAAGGAGAACAACAACUUGCUCGUCCUUGGUCUUCCUGCUGAGAGGGUUCCUCUACUCUGUCUUCAGACGGUGGUGGAAGACGUCGUGCGAACGUUAAAAGUGAUGUAUGGCUCUUUGGACAGGGCAUUCUGCACAGUGGACCAUGCUCCCAAGCUGGACCAUUUCUUCUGCCUGUUUUUCCAGCAGCUCAUUCAGCCUUCACGAUUAACCCAAGGUUCCCCGAUGCCACCUCAAGAUAUGUCAGGGACACUAUUCCUUGAUGGACUACCGGCUGUACGCUGGCUUACUCUGCCUGCAGAAAUCAAGACGGAGGUGGAUACAGUUUUGUCUGAUUUUGAGUCCUCUGAUUUUGGUGAAAUGUCUGAGGACGUUUUUGGCCUGAGGCGCUUGUAUGUAAUUCUGGGCUCCUGUUUGUUCUACAGGUCCUACCUGAUUGCUAACCAUCUACCAAAGGAGGACUUGCUGGAUGUGUGUCUGUAUUGUCAGCACUACUGCCUUCUCCCGCUGACGACAGAGCAGCGAGUGGGUCAGCUGGUCAUCUGGAGAGAGGUGUUUCCCCAGCAGAGAGCCAAAAGAGGCGAGAGCUCCAUGCCAGGUUACAGCCCGCUUCAGGGAAGACACUUCCUCCUUAUUGUGGGCCUGAGGCACUUCAUGCAGUGUGUCCUGUUGGAAGCGGGGGGCUGUGCCUCUCCAGCUUUGGGCUCUUCCGGACCAGACUGUGUCUAUGUGGAUCAGGUCAAAGCUACCCUUCUGCAGCUGGAAGUGUUGGAAGCAGCGAUGGAAGAGCGUUUAAAUGCUCCACCUGCUCCCUGCCUGUCCUGUGCCGACUGGUUUCUCCCUGCCGCUACAGCCCGGGACCGACUAGACAGCCUGACGUCGUCCUCCCCAGUUUUGAGUAAAAUUGCUGGGGCCAUUAAAGGCUCCUCCUCCUCAGGGACUAGAGGUCGGACCUUUUUUGGAGAGAAGUCUCGAAAGCCCAGUCCACACAGGAGCUUGUCGGACAGUGGGACUGAAGGACAGGCGGAUGCCGGGUCUGGAGCCAGGUCUAAAGUACCUCCAGGUCUCAGUCCACGUUCUACACCAGACUCAGCAAGAAAGCUGGGGGGUCGACAAGACUCGCUGGGGUCUGGAGGUUCUGAUGGUGAUGGAGGCAGUUUAGGCCUCUUCAAGAUGUCCAGGUUGAAGCACCCAAACCCUUUCUACCUGGGCUCCCUGAAGAAGAUCCUGACUGAGAAGGAGACAGAGGAGAUGUAUAACACCAUCAAACUAACAUCAGGAGCAGAGAACACCUUGUUCCACUACGUUCUGAUGGAGACUGUGCAGGGAAUCUUCAUCGCUCCCACUCACAGAGAAGUGGCUCAGCUCAGUGGAUCCAUUCAUCCACAGCUCAUACGCAACUUCCACCACUGCUGCCUCUCCAUCCGCGCUGCCUUCCAGAAGAGUCUGCCAGCCAGGAGCCGUCGUGCAGCAGAGCGGCCUCAAAGCUCUGCUCUGGGUUUCGGUCCGAUCAAAGAGCACGGCGUUCUGUUCCAGUGUAAACCCGAAAACUGGACUGAGCAGAAGAAACAAGCCCCUGUCAUGACUUACUGGGUUAUAGGGCGGAUGUUGCUGGAGCCCGUACCUCAGGAGUUUUACGUGUGCUUCCAUGACUCAGUGGCGGAGGUUCCUGUGGAGAUGGCGUUCAGACUCUCCUUUGGUCUGGCUUUCUAAAAGCAUCAGCACUUUUUGAGUGUUGGGGGAGCCGCCUCAUUCUCAGAAAGAUGAAACCAUUGUGUUGUUCUGACACAUUUAAACACAAGGGUAGGAAGUUUAUGCUGCUGUCUCUGUUCAUUUAUAUAAAAGGACCAAGCUCUAAAUGUACCCGACAGAUUUUUUUUCUUUAGUUUCAGGCUAAUUGCUCUGUGGGAUUUUUUCCUCCUAUUGUGUAAACAUGGCUCCAAAUGUAUAAAAAAAAAGACAGGGACUACAUACCACCCCCUCCUUUUUUAAUACAACCAUCUGCUGCCUUUAACUUCACAAAGUUGGGUUAAGUAAAAAAAAACUGCUGUUGCCACAGAUAAACUAUGCUGAUAAUGUCACUAAGGCAUUAAUUUAAAUAUUGUACAGUUUUGUGAGAAAACCAACCUUUUUUCUGCAUAAAUAAUACUAUUUAACAUUAAAAGUCUUAUUUUUCCCCUAA